AUGUCGGACGACAACACCAGCGAUAAUAAGCAGGAGGCUUCUACCGUCGAGAUGCUCCGUCGCAUGCAGACGGCGGAGAGUGUACUCCUCCCCAUCCCACGCGAUGCAUUCGAGAAGCUCUACCUGAGCCCCAAGAUCCCGACUGCAGGGAAUCUGCGACGCACCUUUGGUAACCCGACACCGAUCUCGUUGUUGGGUUUCCUGCUCGCUGCGACGCCCGGAGCUAUGCAGACAAUGGGAUGGGGAGGAUCUGGUGGGAAUGGCGGUGCCAUCUUACCGGUGUAUAUCUUCUUUGGUGGAAUGGUCCAAAUCUUCGGAGCGGUUGGCGAGUGGAUUAUCGGGAAUACAUUUUCUUGCGCUCUGUUUUUCACAUACGGAACCUUUUGGAUCGUCCAGGGUGCCAGCAACAUGCCUUUCUUCGCAGUCGGCACGAACUACUCGCCGACGGGUAAUUCAUUGGAGGGGAUGCAGACGCCUGAAUAUAGUGCUACCGUCGGAUUAUACUAUGCAAUCCUUGCGGUUCUAACCUCCGUCUACGUUAUAUGCUCCCUCCGCACCAACGUUUGCCUUUUCCUCGCCCUGUUCCUUCUGGUUAUUACUUUUGCUCUCACGGCUGCUACUUUCUUCCAAGCGGCGCUGGGUAACGCUGUCCACGCAGCUAAACUACAGAAGGCGGCUGGUGCAUUUAAUUUCGCUCUUUGUAUACCUAUCUGGCAUAUCUUUGUUGCUCAGAUUCUUGAUGCUGUUGAUUUCCCGUUCACACUCCCUGUGGGUGAUUUGAGCACCGUCGUGCUUGGGAAAUCCCAGAAAGCCCGGAAGAAUGGGGUAGAGAGUCAGUGA